CCAACGAGAGACCAAUGGAAACCUCCCCAAGAUAAUCUCAAAUCUCAAGUCAGUGAAGUCACCCUCCUCAACCAAUCCGAGAUAAACCUUUUAGAAUGCAUUAUUUUUUCUUUUUAUAGAAUGCUAGAGUGUCAAUCACUGAUUGGAUCUUCUGUGGCUCGAUUUGUCAAAUUUCUGCAGCUUUCUGUACUACUCCAUUACCGUGACGCAGUGCAAUCUCCAUAACUUUCAAUUAUUGACAUAAUUAUAAUAAACAUGCUUUCAAUUCAAGUUCCAAGAGAUAAGAUUACAUGCUACAAAAUCUCGACAACUUUACAAAGAAAGAACAAAAAAAUUGAAGGGCUUUAUUUAUAGUAAUCACUGUUCGGAAGUAUGGGGUCGAGUGGAUGAACCAAGAAUUUAGCUUUCAUGGUCGUCUUAGAACUACAAAAUUAAUGAAAGAUUUGAUCUUUUUAAGUUGAUUCUUGGGAGUUUUGUGCCAUUUCUUUUGGUGGGCAGCUGAUAAAAAAAGAAGUUAAAAUGGGAAGAGAUUUGAUAGAAGAGAGCAGUAGAAUUAAUUUGAGAUGGGUUGGAAGUGGUGGAAGUGGAACUUCAAGGUGGGUUGAUGGAAGUGAAGUGAGUUCUGAAGAAAUACCAAAUUGGUCAAAAAUGGAGGAAGAUGAAUUUAGGAGUAGAUAUGGGUCUACUUCUGGGUCUCUUAAAAGAAGGCUUAUUAAGAAGCCUAAAAGAUUUGAUUCUUUGGAUGUUGAAGCUAUGGAGAUUGCUGCGGCCCAUGCUCAUCAUUCUAAGGAACAAUCUACAUGGCAUACUCUUGCUUUAGCAUUCCAAACUCUUGGAGUUGUGUAUGGUGACUUGGGCACGAGUCCUUUAUAUGUCUUCACUGAUGUGUUUAGCAAGGUGCCUAUAACAUCGGAAGUUGAUAUCCUGGGGGCACUCUCUGUAGUAUUGUAUACAAUAGCUCUUGUACCCUUAGCUAAAUACGUAUUUGUAGUGCUUAAAGCUAAUGAUAAUGGGGAAGGAGGGACGUUUGCAUUGUAUUCGCUUAUAAGCAGGUAUGCCAAUGUGAAUAUGCUUCCAAAUCGACAACAAGCUGACCAGCAGAUUUCUAGCUAUAGGCUUAAACUACCCACUCCUGAACUUGAAAGGGCUUUAAACAUUAAAGAGGUUUUGGAAAGGAAAUCCUCUAUGAAAACCCUUCUUCUAUUUUUGGUUCUUACAGGAACUUCUUUGAUUAUAGGGGAUGGUAUUCUAACUCCAGCUAUGUCAGUUAUGUCAGCUGUGAGUGGUUUGCAGGGUGAGAUUAAGGGAUUCGGUACUAAUGCUGUAGUCAUUGUUUCAAUGGUCAUUCUGGUUGGGUUGUUUAGCAUACAAAGGUUUGGAACAAGCAAAGUUGGGUUUUCAUUUGCUCCUGCCCUGUCAUUGUGGUUCUUUUCUUUGGCAUCAAUUGGACUCUACAACCUCAUCAGGCAUGAUAUUACAGUUUUGAGAGCCCUUAAUCCAGCUUACAUCUACCUUUUCUUUAGGAAGAAUGGUGUUCAAGCAUGGUCAGCUCUUGGCGGCUGUGUUUUGUGCAUCACAGGAGCCGAAGCCAUGUUUGCUGAUCUAGGCCACUUCACUGUGCGAUCCAUUCAGAUUGCAUUUACUUCUGUUGUAUUCCCCUGCCUUCUGCUAGCAUACAUGGGCCAAGCAGCGUUCUUGAUAAGAUUUCCAUCCUCAUCGGAGAGAGUAUUCUUUGAUAGUGUGCCAGAUGGAUUUUUCUGGCCAGUCUUUGUGAUUGCUACACUAGCUGCUAUUAUUGCAAGUCAAGCCAUGAUUUCUGCUACCUUUUCGGUCAUAAAGCAAGCCAUGGCCCUAGGUUGUUUUCCGAGGCUUAAGAUAAUUCACACCUCAAAGAAGCAGAUGGGUCAGAUUUAUAUCCCUGUCAUCAACUGGUUUCUGAUGGUCAUGUGUCUUAUAGUGGUUGCCACUUUUAGAAGCACCACAGACAUUGCCAAUGCAUAUGGCAUUGCUGAAGUUGGAGUCAUGCUAGUCAGUACUAUAUUGGUAACACUUGUGAUGCUUUUGAUCUGGCAAACAAAUAUAUACAUAGCUCUCGCUUUCCCUGUCAUAUUCGGGACAAUUGAGCUCAUUUACUUAUCAGCAGUUCUAUCAAAAAUCCUGGAGGGUGGUUGGCUUCCUUUGGCUUUUGCUGCCUGCUUCUUACUAGUAAUGUACACCUGGAACUAUGGAAGUGUUCUCAAGUAUCAGAGCGAAGUCAGAGAUAAAAUAUCCAUGGAUUUUAUCCAUGAACUCGGAUCUUCACUUGGAACUGUAAGAGUCCCUGGAAUUGGAUUACUCUACAAUGAACUGGUUCAUGGAAUUCCAUCCAUUCUAGGACAGUUUCUUCUGACCCUUCCUGCAAUUCACUCUACCAUUAUCUUUGUAUGCAUAAAAUAUGUCCCAGUUCCUGUAGUGCCUCAAGAAGAACGAUUUCUCUUUCGAAGAAUUUGCCCUAGAGACUACCAUAUGUUCCGUUGCAUUGCUCGUUAUGGGUACAAAGAUGUUCGCAAAGAAGACCAUCAUUCAUUCGAACAAUUACUGAUAGAAAGUCUGAAAAGAUUUCUGCAGAAUGAGGCCCGUGAUCUUGCUCUUGAGGCUAACUUGAAUGAACUUGAUAUUAUGGAUAGUGCUUCAGUAAGAUCAAUGGAUAUAGCAGACACUGAUGCUGAUGAGUUACGGGUCCCACUGAUGCAUGAUCAACGAUUGGAAGAAAGCGAGGAGUUGCCAUCGAGUGUAAUGUCAGGAGAGGAAGAUCCUAGUGUAGAGUAUGAAUUCUCUGCUCUUAGAGAGGCUGUAGAUUCUGGGUUUACAUAUUUGCUUGGAGAUGGAGAUGUUAGAGCAAAGAAAGAAUCAUGGUUUGUUAAGAAGUUGGGUAUCAAUUAUUUCUAUGCUUUCUUGAGAAGGAAUUGCAGGAGAGGUGCUGCUGUACUCAGGGUUCCACACAUGAAUGUUAUUGAAGUUAGGAUGACAUACAUGGUUUAAUUAAUUUUGUGGCAAAUGUGCCAUUCUAGAAAAUGAGCUUCUUGAGGUAAUAUCUCUUUUCUAUUGUUAGAAAGGAUCAUUCUCUUGAAAAAUAAUCUAUUAGCAUAUAUUCAUGAUUAUUAGUUCUUUGGCAUUCA